AAGUGCCAGGCCAGUGCCGGGCCCGAGUGCGACGCGAGUGUACGUUGGUGUGUGCCAGCUUGUCCCACGUCGACAGCGCUAAGCGCGCUCACUGUAAACAACGCCAAGCUACGUCUACGCUACACCUACUAACAAACCGGUUACGACUCUGUGAUGCCGAAGUGAUACACGACUUGUGAUACUGAUGUGGUCGCUGACCCGUUUAUUUAAAAAGUUAUAAGAGUGUUAAUAAUCAGGAGUGUGUGUACUAGCGAUGCGAUGACCUGUGAGCUAAAAACAGUGAUACGGAUGUCUUUGGAUUACUUAAGACGGUGAAUAAUUUACGCGGAGUGCGCUAAAGAAUGGAGCUAAUAAAAAGAAUCCAAUUCUAAAUCAAAAUGGCCGUCGCCAACGCGGUCCUAAUACUUUUAGCAUCCACUGUCCAAGCGUGGAUGCCUGAUGCCAAUGCUCGGAUACAUGUGAAAUAUGGCGAUGAAACUUCAGAACAGUUCGUGGGCAACACUACGGGACCAAACCACUUCCGUAUUUUAGAUAAAGAUGAUUUUUCAAUUUUAGUUGGAGGAAGGAGUAUGGUCUACAACCUCAGCUUAUAUGACCUAUCCGAAAAUACUGAACAGCGUUUGGAAUGGCAAUCGACAGACGCACACAGAGAACUUUGUCAAUUAAAAGGCAAAUCAGCAGAUGAAUGCCAAAACUAUCUACGAGUAGCCGCGCGAGCACAUGGUCGGCUAUUAGUGUGUGGAACCAAUGCUUUCAAGCCGAUGUGUCGUCGGUAUGCCCGACAUCCACCUAAUCACCACCUAGAAGAAUUUGAUGGUACCGGGAGAUGUCCAUACAGCCCGCAACACAAUUCCACUGCUAUUUUUACAGAUGGUCACCUCUACACGGCCACGGCAGCUGAUUUUUCUGGAACUGAUCCAUUGAUAUAUAGAGAACCAGUAAGGACAGAACAUUCCGAUUUACGCCUACUGAAUGAUCCUUCUUUCGUUAGCGCAGUGGCAUCAACCAGCCAUGUUUACUUCUUUUACCGCGAAACUGCUGUAGAAUUCAUGAACUGUGGAAAAGCCGUUUACUCGAGAGUAGCCAGAGUUUGUCUGAAUGACAAGGGUGGACCACACACUUUUAGUGAUCGAUGGACAACAUUUCUAAAAACGCGACUGAAUUGUUCAAUUCCUGGAGAUUAUCCAUUCUAUUUCGAUGAAAUCCAGGCCACCACUGAAAUAAUUAACGGUAUAUAUGGAAGUGGAGGUAGCAGGAAUGAUAUAGUCUAUGCAGUUUUUACUACCCCACAAAACGCAAUAGGUGGCUCAGCCGUUUGCGCAUUUGCAAUGAGAGAUAUUUUAGACGCUUUCGAGGGACCAUUUAAAGGGCAAGAAAGCAUGAACUCAAAUUGGUUGCAAUUAGAAAAAGAAAAAGUUCCACAUCCCCAGCCAGGUUCAUGCGUAGAAGACAGUCGAACUUUAUCUGACUCCGCUGUUAAUUUUAUAAAAACGCAUCCACUUAUGGACAAGGCAGUUCCAUCUUUCUUAGCACGUCCAAUCCUUAUAAGAGUGAGCCUCCAAUAUAGAUUCUCAGCUAUCGCCAUACAUCCGCAAGUUCAAUCAAUGAAUGGAAAUAAAUAUGACGUUAUGUAUGUUGGUACCGAUGACGGAAGAGUAAUUAAAGCUGUGAAUGUCGCUUCAAAUGAAGGAGUGUUUGAUGCAAGUGUAGACGAAUACAGUAGAAAUCCAGUGAGGACUGCUGUAAUAUCUGAAGUACAAGUUUUGCCACAAGGCGUGCCCAUAAGACAAAUGCACGUCGCACUUACAACAGAAAAACUUAUCGUGUCAUCUGGAGAUAUCAUACGAGCCGUGGCCUUAUCUCACUGCACAAAUGUGCAAUCAUGCAGGGAAUGUGUAGCAUUACAAGAUCCUCAUUGUGCAUGGGACUCAAAGCAGCAGCAAUGUUCUUGGGUGGGAAAUAGACAGUUUCCGAAUCCGGAAAGAUUUUUACAAAACGUGGAAUAUGGAAAGACCGAUAUAUGUAAUAAGCUUCCUGCUCUUUUGCCAAACGAUAGGCAUAGCAAUAGGAAUCCAGCGACAAAAAAACCAACGCAAUCUGAGCCGAAUCUACGACAAAAGACUGAUGAUAUUCAAAAUGAAAUUUUAAUUGAAGUGGUCGAAACAAACGUGUUAUCUGAAGAAAAACAUAUGAACGAUAAUAAGCACGAAACAGAUUUAUUGACAGUGGAAGCUGCAGAUGGCAACAUUUAUAGCGCGCAAGCACUUUUAACGGCUGUAGUGGCUUCAUGCUUAGUUACAUUAAUGGUGGGCUUUGUAAUCGGAUAUCUGUUUUCUCGGCGAUUUCGUCACCCAUUUUUUACCGAUACCUCACCAUUCAAUGAACAACACAAUCAUUUAAACAGAUUAAGUCCGUUGGAAACUCCGUUGAAUGUGAAUUCUGGGUAUAUGCCACCUAGAUCCAAAAAUGUGAAUAUGGUAGCGAACGUGUGCCCCCUCGCAAAACAAGAUAAUUUGCACAUAGAACUUGGUAAGGAGCGUGCACUUGAUCUUCGCAAUUCUACGGAAUCUCUCGACAAGGAUCUAAAAUGUGGCACUUUACAAAAAGUUAAAAAGACUUACAUAUGAAAUAUACCCGAAAAGACAGUGUAUGGAACUAUUUCAAAGUGAUAGUAUGAAUUAUGACUUUGUAUCGCGUGUGCCAAGUCUUCCGAGCGAAUCGGUGAGAACAGCAAGUGUAGUUUGCAUUGAUCGUUGUGAACGUGAUAGUGACUCUUUCCUUUGUAAAUAAUAAAAAUAUAUUUUAUAUUGUUGUACAGUUUAUAUAGUUUAAAUAUUGAUAUACUAGUUUUAAAUGACAAGAAACUGCAGUGGUAAAUAGUAAAUACACGUGCAUUUAUAAACAAAUCCAUGAAAUGUAUGAUACAUGAAUGGUAAAUCUAAGUUUGUGAAGUAUGUAUAAACUUUUAAAAAAUUGGAUUGAAUUGUAAUAUUUUAUAAUGCAUAUAUAAAUACACCCAUAGUGAAAAAAAUGUUAUCUUUUCAGUAUUAUCUACCGUGUCCAUUGUAAAUCGGUAAAGCUAUUAUACCUACCUAAUACAUUCCACAUUUACGUAGAUAUAUAAUUUCGCUACGCAGCUCUGUAAAUAUAAAUAUGUAUAUAAUGCUAAUAUAAAGCGAAAUAGUGGUCUUCAUAUACAUAGGAAAUUAGUUCAAAUAUCAAAAAUCGAAAUAAUACGUAGGUAAUAAUAAUCAUAAGUAUCAUAUCUAGCAAAAUUUAUUUUUAAUGUUUCGGCAUAAAAAAUAGAGCGAAACAAGCUAUAAGCAAAUGAAACAUGUAAUUAAAAUAAAAAGAAACAAUUGAUUACAUUAAAAAGUAAAAAUUGUUGUUGUUAUCUAGAUUAAAAUUGCUGUGCUAAGUGCAUAGUGCCUUGUAGGUUGCCAAUCUAGUGCCUAAUGUAAUUUAGGAAGCAUAAAAUGAAUAGAAUAUGUUUAAUCAUCUGUUAAUACAUGUUUUAAAGUUUGCGAAGCUUUUAAGAUAUCCCCGAUAGUCCUUAUAUGUAUAUGUUUUCUCGAUUCAUCCAUAAUGCGUAGCACAUAAAUUGUUCAUAGCUUAACAUUAUUUUGUCGAUUUACCUACUAAGAGUAUGGUUUCGAUUUUGACUCAUUAAAAUAAUUAACAAAUUCAAGUAUUUAUAAUUGUAUAAAAAUAAAAAGUUAACAAUAUUUUGAUACUAAUGAAAAAAAGGCUAAUUGUACCACCUGAGAAAAUCAGAGAUCUAUAAAAAUUAAUAAGUAUUCCCACCGUGACUCAAAGGUUAAAUAAUGAACGGAAUUUAUUUCUGUUUUAUGAUAUUAUAAAGUUUUUUUUUUUUAUUAUUUUAGAUAUAAAGUGUUAGUUUAUUAUUAGGACACCUUUUAAAAUAAUUUUGAUUUUUUUGAUCAAUGUGUGGCAUGGUAUCAUUGUAAAAUCAUACAUGUUAAUUACAUACACGCAUUUUAUACAUUUCAAUUAAAAUGACUGUGUACUCCGAGAAUAUGUAUUAUUUAUAUUCUUUGUAUUAAAUAAAUGAAUUAAAAAAAUG